AUGGCGAAUCAGCUGUACGGUUCCAGCUCCUACGGGUACGGGGGAGGAUCCAAUUCGUCCAGCAUCUACACGUCCAAAUCCAUCGCCGAGCACUAUUCAUCUAUCAGCGACAGAGGUCCUUCCAUGCUCUACAACCACAAGGACACCAACGGCAGUGGUUACUCGGCGGCCGAUAGAAUGACCGCGAGAGAAGCAUUGAGGCCGGGACCGCCUGGAGUUGAUGCAGGGGUUUCUUCAACCUCGAUUGAAUCUAUAUUAGCAGGCUAUAAGCGUUCAUCUACUGAAGCAUUAUAUCAUCAGUCGCUUGUUGGUGCCCAUAAUACGCUUGGGUUUUCUAGCAACCCUUUAAUGAAGCGGCCUAGAUUCGAGGCUACAGCCAGUUUGCUGCCUGUGUAUCCACAGAGGCCUGGAGAAAAGGACUGUGCCCAUUAUAUGCUUACAAGAACUUGUAAGUUUGGAGAUAGCUGCAAGUUUGACCAUCCUAUGUGGGUCCCUGAGGGUGGAAUCCCUGAUUGGAAAGAGGUCCCGACUACAAGUGAAGCCCUUCCGGAGAGACCUGAAGCGCCAGAUUGUCCGAAAAGAGGUACUAUUACCUGUGAGGAAGAUAAUGGAGGACAACAAUCACAACAAUACCAAGAGGAAGAAGAUGAUUAUGUUGAUCUUGGCGAUGAAAAAGACAAAGAACGAGAAUGCUGA